ACAUCUCGCAUUGCGGCCUUCGGUGUGCCAUGCUUCGCCGAAAUGCGCGACUUCGUAAGGAGUACCUCUACAAGAAGGCCUUGGAGGAUCGGGAAGCCACGACCUUCGAGAAGAAGCGCAAACUCCAAGAGGCGCUCGACAACAACAAGCCCAUCCCUGCAGAGCUCAGGGGCGAAGACAAGAAGCUCCGCAAGACUUUGGACUUGGCGGACGACCAGACCAAGGAGCAGAAGAAGGCCAUGGACGAUGAGUACGCCUACCUUGGCGUCAAGGAUCCCAAGGUGCUUGUCACCACCUCCCGCGAUCCAUCAUCGCGCUUGAGCCAAUUCCUGAAAGAGCUCAGGAUGUUGUUUCCCGGCGCGCAGAGGAUGAAUCGAGGAGGCUAUGUCGUGAAGGAUUUGAUGCAGUUAGCUCGAUCUCACGAGAUGACAGACGUCAUCAUAGUCCACGAGCACAGAGGCGAGCCGGAUGGUAUGGUGAUCUGCCACUUGCCCUUCGGCCCGACGGCCUACUUUGGCCUGUCCAAUGUGGUCCUUCGCCAUGACCUGGCAGAGAAGCCCCCGACCAUGUCUGAGGCGAAUCCUCAUCUCAUCUUCCAUGGGUUCACAGCAAAGAUGGGUCUUCGCGUGAAGACGGUUCUGCAGGCCUUGUUCCCUCCAGCCAAGCAAGCUGGAGACAGAGUCAUGACCUUUGCAAAUCGCCGCGAUGUGAUCCACUUCCGGCACCACACCUUUGAGAGGCCCAAAGGAGCUGCUGAGGGCCGAUCUCGUGCCAAAGAGGUGAAGCUCACUGAGAACGGGCCUCGCUUUACCAUGAGGCUUUUCAGGGUGGAGCUGGGGGCCAUUGACAUGAAGGAUGUCGAGGUCGAGUGGGUUUUGAGACCCUACUUCAAUCGCCAAAGGGAGGCGCUCGCACUUCCUGAGGAGGAGGAGGCCUGAGAGCGCGUUGACGCGUGAGUGCAGGAAAACCGUUGACACGCC